GUUUCACAUUUGCAACGCCAGAGUCAGCAUCCUUUCGAACCCUCAGAACCGCAGCAUUAUCCAUCGGCAACGCAACGAUUUCCCAAACCGUCAACCGGGAAACGUGUGAAACUGAAACCAUCCGUUCUGGAUGCCAGUUCUAGCGUUCCUCCCAGUGACUACAACAACUACUAUUCGGCUCAACAGCCGAAAUCCAAACCUAAACCCCUCGACUAUCAGAAGCAGCUGCUGAACAAUCACGACGGCCCCGCGGGGAUACUGAAAAACAAUAACAAUUACAGUAGCAACGGCAGCUACUCCAAACGGCGUCCAUUAAUUUACGAAUUAAAGCAGUAUGAGUACUUCAACAACGCUACCCGAAACAGUAACACCAUACAACCGACCAGCGCCAAAAACACCAACAGCGUGCUACAGCAGCACUACAGUGGCCAGAACUAUAACAUCAACUACAAUUUGAAUUUUACGAAAAAUCAAUACAACAUACUGAUAUCGCCUCCAACGACAACGACAACGCCCGGCUUGGUACCUGGUGCAGUGCCAUCAUACGACGAAAACAAUCAUUUCGACAGCCACUAUCAGUACCAUCAUCAGAACAACGGUAGAAACUACAAGAAUAACAAAAUCAGUGCCGACCAUCAUCGUUACAACAACUACAAUCAGUAUCUCAACCAUCAGGAACAGCAGCAGCACCACUCGACCAAGUCCUUUUAUCUGGACGAAAAGCCGCCAUUCGGGGUGGGAGAUAUCACAUUACCGAUGGACGGUGGUGGCAAGAUGCAACGGGAGGAGAUUAUCAUCGAACACAGUCAGCUGGUUGGAGACGGAAGUGGACCAGGCGCUGUCAUACUUCCGCCCGGUGGUCCUGCUGGACAGGACCCGCGCGCGGGACAGCAGCCACUAUUACACGGCGGCAAAGGUGGUGGCAAGCUAACGGCCAUCAACCGGUCGCAUCAUUUUACGCAGAUAAUCGCAGCCCUCGCAGUAUCCAUCGGUCCCCUUGCAGCCGGUCUCGGAAAAGGUUACUCCAGCCCAGCGAUUGCAAGCCUCCAAGAGGUGCACCUCCGGCAGCGAAGUAAUUACACUGCCUUUUCUGUGGACGAUCAGCAGGCAAGCUGGAUUGCAAGUCUUUCGCUGCUAGGCGCCCUAUUCGGCGGCAUGUUCGGAGGCGUCGCAAUGCAGUACGGCCGGAAACGAGUGUUAACGCUGAUGGCACUCCCGUUUUCACUAUCCUGGAUCCUGACGGUGUUCGCCAAAUCGGUGGAAACUAUGUUUUUCACCGCCUUCGUCGGGGGUUUCUGCUGUGCCAUCGUGUCCACCGUGACCCAGGUGUACAUCAGUGAAAUCUCAUCACCGGACAUCCGGGGCUUCCUGAGUGCCAUCCAGAAGAUAGCAGGUCACCUGGGCAUGCUGAUAUCCUAUCUGCUGGGGGCCUAUCUGGAUUGG